AUGUUGUGGUCACGAGAGGCCUGGUGUCCUGUGUCUCAGAAGCUGUGGAGUUUGUGUGGAAGAAAAGCCAUCGAACGCAGGAGAACAGAACCAGGAACAGCAGCAGGAGAACAGUACCAGGAACAACAGCAGGAACAGACCAGGAACACUCAGGAACAAGAGAACAGUACUAGGAACAACAGUAGCAAGAGAACAGUACCAGGAACAACAACAGCAGGAGAACAGUACCAGGAACAACAGCAGCAGGAGAACAGUACCAGGAACAGCAGCAGGAGAACAGUACCAGUAACAACAGCAUCAGGAGAACAGUACCAGGAACAGCAGCAGGAGGAAAACAGUACCAGGAACAGCAGCAGCAGGAGAACAGUACCAGGAACAGCAACAGCAGGAGAACAGUACCAGAAACAGCAGCAGCAGGAGAACAGUACCAGGAACAACAGCAGGAGAACAGUACCAGGAACAGCAGCAGCAGCAGCAGAACAGUACCAGGAACAACAGCAGGAGAGCAGUACUAGGAACAGCAGCAGCAGGAGAACAGUACUAGGGACAGCAGCAGCACGAGAACAGUACCAGGAACAGCAGCAGCAAGAGAAUGGUAACAGCGGCAGCAGGGCGAGGGAAGGUUUAACAUGA